GGCAUGUCCACAUCCAUUUGUUCAACCUUAUAGUAUCUCCCUUCUCCCUCUCUUCAUCCUCCACUACUUCUUCCUCUCCAAUUCUCUUCCUUCUCCGGAAACACUUUCAUAUUUAACCGACCAACCAUGGCUUCCUUGGCAGCAUCAACUUCUCUUGGUGUCAAGGAAAUUCUUGGCAACCCUCUCAACUUCUCUGCCUCUGUCAGGUCAUCUGCCCCAACUUCCUCCUCCCCUUCAACUUUCAAAACUGUUGCCCUCUUCUCCAAGAAGAAGCCUGCUUCUCCUCCCAAGUCUAAGCCUGCCGCCGUCUCUUCAGUCGACGAUGAGCUCGCCAAGUGGUAUGGUCCUGACAGGAGAAUUUUCUUGCCUGAAGGGCUCUUGGACCGAUCUGAUAUUCCUGAGUACUUGACUGGAGAGGUUCCUGGAGAUUAUGGUUAUGAUCCUUUUGGUCUCAGCAAGAAGCCUGAAAACUUCAGCAAAUAUCAGGCAUAUGAGUUGAUUCAUGCCAGAUGGGCAAUGCUUGGAGCAGCUGGAUUCAUCAUCCCUGAAGCUUUAAACAAAUAUGGUGCCAACUGUGGCCCUGAAGCUGUUUGGUUCAAGACUGGAGCUCUUCUCCUUGAUGGAAACACAUUGAAUUACUUUGGAAAGAACAUUCCCAUCAAUCUUGUUUUGGCUGUCGUUGCUGAAGUUGUUCUUGUUGGUGGUGCUGAAUAUUACAGAAUCAUCAAUGGUUUGGAUUUGGAGGACCAGCUUCACCCAGGAGGUCCAUUUGACCCACUGGGGCUAGCCAAGGACCCUGACCAGGCUGCAAUUCUAAAGGUGAAGGAGAUCAAGAAUGGAAGACUUGCAAUGUUUGCCAUGCUUGGAUUCUUCCUCCAAGCUUAUGUGACAGGUGAAGGUCCAGUUGAGAACCUUGCAAAGCAUCUCAGUGAUCCUUUUGGCAACAACUUGCUUACUGUCAUCUCUGGAGCUGCCGAGAGAGCUCCUACUCUGUGAUUUCAGUUACUCUAUUUUUACUCAAAUCUAAAUGCACUGUACAUUUCUUGAUCAAGACAUUUUCAAGGUGUUGAACCUAAAUUAAUCCUGCCAAUUGAAUCCCCAUAUGUGUUUCAAUUAUAGAGCUUCACCAUUGUUCCCCUUUAA